AUAAGGCAUCGUUUCCAGGCCUUUGACCAUUUUGGUUGCCCUCUUCUGGACACGUUCCAGCUUGUCAGUAGUGGGGAUUGAACCUGGGACUAUCUGCAUGCAAAGCACAUGUUCUGCCACUGAGCUAUGAAGCCUUCCGCAUAUUCAUAGAAUCAUAGAACUAUAGAGUUGCAAGAGACCAUGAGGGUCAUCACAUCCAACCCCUUGCAAUGCAGGAAUCUAUUGCCUAACAUGGGGCACGAACCCACAACCCUGAGAUUAAGUGUAUUGUGCUCUCCCAACUGAGCUAUUGAGCUCCCCUCAUCCACAAACCUUGGUCAUGCUGGCUGUGGCUGAUGGGAGUUCAUCAACAUCUGAAUAUUCCCCAGCCCUAGUGUAUGGCUUUUCCUGAAAUGCCAAGUGAGAGCCAUCAGGCCCUGACACUCGGUUCCCUCCAAUGUGGUGCCCUUCAGAUGCUUUGGAACAUGACUCCUGUAGGCUGAAUAACUCCUCUUCUCCUCCUGAAGAGGUUUGCAAAACAUAGCUGUUCUGGAAAAGACUUUUGGCUGAAUGCUCUUGGGUUAGUUUUGGUGUCAUGCUGCUAUGCCCAGACUUCGUUCCUGGUGUUGGUUUCUAAUCCUAAUAUUUUACGACUGCCGGUGGGGUUGUUGUUUUUUAGGAAUGGUGGGCAUGACAUAGGCUUUUAAAUAUUGUAUGGCAUUUUCUGCCUUGUUAGCCUCCUAAAUUCAUUUUGGAAAUCAGACGGAUCAUAAGUUUUAAAUUAACAUUAUGACAGAUGGGGGACUCGCAUAAUGUUGGACGGUUUGCUAACUGAAGUUGUUUUCCAGCUGAGCCUCUGGAGUGGCACGAGGCGGCCGGGGAGAUGGUUAAACACCCGCUGAAUUUGGGCAAUGAAGGCCAACUUCCUGCAUGUGACGCCACCUGUGAGCAGAGACAGAACCAUCUCCCACUUCCCCAAGUGGUACACACCUGAGGCCUGCCUCCAGCUCAAAGAUCACUUCCACGCCCAGGUGAGGAGUGCCUGUCGGCGACAGAACACAGGCGCUGUUGGGCUAAAAAUAUCAAAAGUGGUUGUGGUGGGAGACCUCUAUGUUGGAAAAACAAGCCUCAUCAACAGGUUUUGUAAAGAUGUUUUUGACCGGGAUUACAAGGCAACCAUCGGAGUGGAUUUUGAAAUUGAGCGUUUUGAGAUAGCUGGAGUUCCAUAUAAUCUUCAGAUAUGGGAUACAGCCGGCCAGGAGAAGUUCAAGUGCAUUGCAUCUGCCUACUACAGAGGAGCAGAAGUGAUUAUAACAGUCUUUGAUUUGGCCGACAUCCAGACUUUGGAUCACACCAAGCAGUGGCUGGAGGAUGCAUUGAGGGAGAAUGAACCAGGCUCCAGCUUCAUCUUUCUCGUUGGAACAAAAAAAGAUUUAGUGUCCGACGCUGCCUGUGAGCGGACGGAACAGGACGCCAUCCACCUGGCCAAUGAAAUGCAGGCAGAAUAUUGGUCCGUUUCAGCCAAGACAGGGGAAAACGUCAAGGGUUUUUUUUCUCGAGUUGCUGCCUUGGCCUUUGAAAAAUCGAUGCUGAUGGAGCUGGAGAAGAGCAACAGCCGAAUGGCCCAAAUUGGUGCGGGAAACCUCAUCAAAAUAGAAGGGGACUCGCCGGAGACUUUGGAAGCCAACCCACAAGCCAGCCCAAGUUGUUGCUAGUAGCCAGCUGUGGGUAUAACAAGUUCCUGGCAUCUUGGAGGAUUCCCCAAGUAGCACUUCAGGAAAGCAGCUGAAUCUUUGAACCAGCAGCAGGAAGGGGGGGGGCAGGGAAGCAGCGGUGCAGGCCCCCCCCCCGGCCAAAGCCCACUUCGCUUUGAUCUGCCGUCAGGGGAACGGACAGCCUCUCUCCUCUGUUUGGAAAAAUUCUAUUUUCUGAGCUCACGUUAUGGGAAAUGAUCUGCCUUUUCCAGGAGGGUGUGUUUGUUAUCAGCACAAUCUGUCUUUCUCUUUCUCUCUUUCCCUCUCCAGGAAACCCAUCCUGUUCCAAACUUGCAAAGCCUGUUUCUGUGGAAACGGCAGACCUUGGGAGUGGAGAGCACACGAUGGACCUGCCCUGUGAGAGAGGCUGCAGAUGUGAAGGAAGCUCAGAUUUGGUGUCUCUCUGUGAAUUCAGUUAGGCCUGGCGCCCUCCAGGUGUUGGGGGCUAAAACUCCUUCUAGCCCAGCUAGGGAGCAAGUCAGUCUUCCCUAGAUGCCUUGGACCUUGACUGUGGCUGGAGGGAAAUGUAGUCCCAAAACAGCCUCUACCAGCUGGUGCUCCUGAGAGUUGUAGUCCUGGCAGCUUUGCAUCCUUCUCAAGUUGAAUUUCUCUAGUUCGUGAUCACUGUGGUUAAUCGUAGUGCUGACUUAAUCACGGUUAAGAGCAGCAGGAGGAAUCUGUAGAAUCUGAGGGGUGAGGGAAUGAAGGAAGAAAAAGCACAUAGUCCUGUGGUCCUUCUCAGAUGGUGGUUAAGGAAUGAGCAUCAUCAUUCCAUCUUAGCCAGUAUUGGAUGGUAGGUUGCCUCCUGAGUCCUCUGCAUUGCUCCGAGGUGUGGAAUGAUCCCACUUCUCUAACUGCCUUAGAUAUUAGCAGCUGCAGUUGUAUAAAACUGGUCUUUAUUUUCAUGUCAGUUGUGGAAUUAAACAUGCUUUCUGAUGUCC